AUCCAUCCAUCCGUCCGUCCGUCCAUCCGUCCAUCCAUCCAUCCGUCUUAUCCAAUUGUCUAAAAACCUCAAUUGUGAACUUUAAUUUGAAAAUACGUAAAACAAACACCAGUUGAUUUCCGGUUUCGCUUGUCCGUCAGCGGAACUGCUCCCUGAGCAAGAGCAGGAGGAAAGACGACCACAAUGAUUGAAGAAAAUGGUCCUUCUGCACAUGAGCAGUCUGAAUUGUCCUCCUCAUCCCAGGCCAGACAGAAGCUUGAGGGGCUCCUGAACAAGAACAUGAGGAUCCGCAUGACAGACGGACGAACCCUGGUGGGGCUCUUCCUCUGCACAGACCGGGACUGCAAUGUGAUCCUUGGCUCGGCUCAGGAGUUCCUCAAAUCCUCAGACACGUUCUCCCAGGGUGAACCCAGAGUCCUGGGCCUGGCCAUGAUCCCCGGUCACCACGUUGUAUCCAUCGAGGUGGAGGCUGACAGCCUGGAGGACGCAGAGGGGUUCGGAGCUAACCACUGACAAAGAAACGCUGUCACGUUUUGUGUUUUUUAUCCCGAAAUUCAUCAGACGAUUUUCUGUCGAGGACUGUGUUCGGACAAGAAGAUGGAGCGUGUUGUUGGAGGACUUGGAACUUUCUUUGCUGCUGAUACAGAACCUCUGUGCCAGCGCUGUGGAUUUAUCUAUUCCCUCUUUGAAUGAAAGAAAAGUCCAUCAGCAGCAACUGUGGAAGUUGCCUCAUUGGGCUGAGUGCAUUUAUGACAAGUUUUGUGCAAAUAUGUGGAUGCAAGUCUACUUUGUUAGUGUUUUAAAAUAAAUUGAUCUAUUUGA